AUGGUGAACCAAGUGAAAAUCCAGAACAGGCAAAGUGAGAGCAGCGCUGACAUAGUUGGCCAUGAAAACCCUGGCUCCAUAGGACGCUGUGGCUGGUUUUUGGUCAUCAUAUCCAUGAUCUUCAUCAUAGCAACAUUUCCAGUUGCCAUAUUCUUUUGCGUAAAGAUUGUUCAGGAGUAUGAGAGGGCGGUCAUCUUUCGACUGGGCCGUAUUGUGGACAGGAAACCGAAAGGUCCAGGACUGUUUGUUGUGCUACCCUGCACAGACACCUUUAGGAGAGUGGAUAUGAGGACCGUGUCAUUUGAUAUCCCUCCCCAAGAGAUCCUGACCAAAGACUCGGUGACGGUGUCAGUGGAUGGCGUGGUUUACUUCCGGGUCAGCUGUCCAGUCACCUCUGUGAUUAACGUCACCAACGCUCACUUCUCCACCCGUCUGGUGGCACAGACCACGCUGAGAAAUGUUUUGGGCACCAAGAACCUGGCGGAGCUGCUUGCGGACAGAGAAGGCAUAUCACAAAGCAUGCAGGACGCCCUGGAUGAAGCUACAGACCCAUGGGGCAUUAAGGUGGAGCGGGUGGAGAUUAAAGAUGUCAAACUACCCCAACAACUCCAAAGAGCCAUGGCCGCUGAGGCAGAGGCAACCAGAGAAUCUCGGGCUAAGGUGAUUGCGGCCGAGGGAGAGAUGAACGCCUCCCGGGCCCUGAAGGAGGCGUCACUGGUGAUAGCUGAGUCCCCUGCUGCCCUCCAGCUUCGCUACCUGCAGACCCUCAACACCAUUGCCGCUGAGAAAAACUCCACCAUCAUAUUCCCCUUGCCCAUCGACCUGGUGCAACAGUUUGUGCGGAAAUGA